AUGGCAGGCAUUGUCGAGGGCGUCUUGCAAAGUCUAAAGAGGACUCUUGGUCGAGCCCUUGGCAAACAGAAUCCGAAGCAAGGACAAAGCAAUGUGCAAGACUUAUUGCCUAGUCGUAACAAUGGAACGCCAGGGCAGGAACCAGCUGUUAAUACCACUGUUGGAGGCUCCACGACUGGAAGCCGGACGGUACCGGAACUGAGACAGUCAGAGGCAGGUUCACUUUCUGGGGCACGAUCUUCUCGAAGGCAAGAAGCUGACACUUCAGUUCAAGCUCAGAACGAUAACAGUGCCAUGCCCAGACCAGACCUCACCGCAGAGAUCGUUGAUUUAGAGCAUGAAGGCAACCCACGAAAAGUCUUAAUGCUCACCGAAGACGUCAUUCACCAGCUGCAGUCUACCGUCCACCUUGGUCGCGAGAUCAGAGACACGCAAGGCGCACUCGAGGCUCGACGGGCUCUCGUCAAUGAGUACCGCGAUUACGCAACUGCGGAACAGGAGCGGCAGCAAAACAUCUUCUUCGAAGACCCAAUCGAAGGAAACAACGACCGGCGUAAGCGUGCGAGAACCAAGGGUGAGUUCUUGAGUGCCAGGCUUCAGGAAGCAGAUGGAGACGAACGUGCUCUCGACGACAGACUUGCACAGCUUGACGAGAAGGCUGUCAACCAAGUGCGCAUGACGGCAGGCUACCUCAACCAAGUUUUGAUACGAGGUAGCUUGGUCGGUACCGACAGCGUCGAUCGGCAUGAAACUGCAUCAGACGUAGCAUUUCGCGAUCGGUAUACGGUGCCGGAGGCGUCCAGCGACGUUGAUGACAAUCGCGAGGCCGAUGCUAUACGAGAAGAUGACGAAGCCAUCCACAACCCAGCCUCGCAAAUUCUGUCGGAGGCACAGAUCGCGGAGCGAGAGUACCGACAAAAGCUGCUCGAUCUUGAACGGGCACAAACCAGAUUUGAUAGAUAUCAAAUGGUGAGGGAUAUCGAGGCUGCCGCCUUCCGUCAACGCUUGGAGGCUGGCCAGCAUGUCCACGAGAACAUCCUCGAUUUCGACCUUCGUCAUUACCAACGAGGCCAAGACCUUACGCGAGAGCUUAUCCAAGCCGAAGAGCAGCUUGCCCUCGCCAAGGCACGUGCUGUAAAGCUAGGCGUCUCCAUCACAGACGAUGACCUGUCCUCGGGCUUCGUCGAAGAUAGCCAGGAUGGCUCCAUGCUUGAUGCACGCGAGCCCAGGCAGCGAGUUGAUCUGCCGAGAGUUCUUGAUUGGGCUGCGAUACUUCCUGAGACGACCGACCCCCAGAACUCUGCUCGAGGCUUUUGGGACUCUCUGUAUCACGCUCGAGGGUUGACAGUCAAAUCUGAAGAAUGGCCUGAGUUAGACGCUUGGAAUCCAGGGCCGGAGUUGCGAUCUUCAGAUAGUGCUAGCGUGGUAGCAGAAGGACACGAAAAACGUCGGAUAGAGAAGCACCGAGCGACCACGACCACGAAGAGUGUCUUAGAUGCGACUAAAGCGCACUGGGGGCUCCAUAACGAUCGUGGCCUGACAGCCGCGCAGUGGGAUCGCGGGCACAGGAUGUGGUGA